AUGGCGGCAAACGGCGCCGCAUCUGGUGAGCCCGAGCACAAGUGUUGCGGGGUGUCCGCCGAGGAGAUCCAAGAGAAGCGCGAGGUCCGCAGGAACAAGCAGCAGCCGUGGAUUGUCCUCAAGCUCGCCGUCUUUCUUACCAUCGCCAUCAUAGUGUAUACGUGGUAUGUGUACGUUGGGAGACUAUGCAUCCCCAUGAUUAGGCGUGACGCGGGUGCGCUGGGCAGCCACGGCUUGGGCAUUGGCUUGCUGGUGGUAUUUGUCGUUCUUGGACUGUUUAUGAUCUGGUCGUAUGAAAAGAUUGUCCUUACCCCUCCUGGCUUCGCAAGAGACUACGUACAAAAAACUCCCGCGCCAGCAGGUCACGGCGGCUUUCACACUUAUUGGGAGUCCGAGAGCGAAGCUGAACUCGCCGCCGCACGCUACGGUCCCCCACAACAAUCCGCCCCUCUUCCAACUCCCACGCCGCCCCAGUCUCGACGUUCGGAGUCACACCACAAACGCAGCACUUCCGACUCUGCACCACGGAUUCCCGAGAAAGUUCUCAACGGCACCGCGAGCGUACGCCACCAUGGCUCACAGAACGGCCAUGCGCCCUCGCCCACCAAGGAGAGCUUUGGCACUACGGACAGGCCCCCCGCGGCGGUGGGAGCGCACUCGGCCGUCACGACGGAGAAGGGUCAUGGGAACGGACAUGCUCAGCCAGCCCCGAUUUCGGCGAAGCACACUCGCCGUCCGCCCAAGACGCCGGUGCUUCGCGAUGAGUACAGGUAUUGCUACAAGGACGGCUUCUUGAAGCCCCAUCGCGCACACCAUUGUCGUGCCUGCGGAACGUGUGUACUCAAGUAUGAUCAUCAUUGUCCAUGGAUCGGCCAGUGUGUGGGAGCGCGGAACCAUCGGUUCUUCUACAUCUUCGACUUCUGGGCCUUCCUCUUCUGUUCCUUCACGUUCGCCUCACUUGUUGGCCUUGUGGGUCAGGCUGCUUCCAACCGACCGGACUUCAGUAUUGACGGCCAACACAUCGCCAUCAUUGUGAUAUCCGGAUUUUUCAUGAUUUUUACCUUCUCCCUCCUCGUUGCCCACGGUAUCCUUAUUGCCGGCAGCUUCUCGACCGUGGAGCAGAUGGCCGUCCAGCGCACCACAGAUCGCGAGAAGCGUGUGAUGGCACGCCUCCAUAGUCGGUGGGCUUUCAGCGCGAGAAAAGCGACGAGGAAGCUGUGGGACGCGGAAUGGGGGCGACUUGGCAAGGAGGGCCACAUGUGGUGGCUGGGUGGUACGCGAAACAACUGGGAGGCGACGAUGGGCGACAAGGUCUGGAUGUGGUUCUUGCCCAUCGGCCAGAGUCCAGACGAUGGCAUGAGCUACGUCGUCAACCCGCGUUUCGACGCCGAGGGCCGCUGGCUCCCUCGCAGCGAAUGGCCCGCCGAGCUCCGCUAG